AUGAGCACAACUUUAAGUGAAGGGAUGGUUUCUAGGGAGUCGAGAAAGCUUACUCUUCGAAUACCGAGAUUACGUGCGGAGCGAGUCAGCUCCCGAUCGCAUUCCCAUCUGGUUAGAGUGGAGAGAUCAGGAACAAAGAGUGCUUCAGAGGUAUAUUUGAAAAUACAUAUUACGAUGAACUCACUUCGGCAAAAAGAUGAGCAAAUAACAAACAAUAUUACAUACGGUGAACACGAUCUUGGUUCGGUUGGUACAGUGACCAACGGAGAAGAUAAAUCGGGGCCCGAAGUGUCAUGGGAGUCUAACAAGAAGCAAUUUUACUUGAUAUUGAAGAUGCCCCAACUGAAGAACCUUUUUGAAAGAGAUUCGGAGGGGAAAGAAAUCGAAACGUUUGACGAAUCUUCUGAUCGUCAACUGAUAGAGAGAUAUGCUAUGUAUUUGAUAGUUGGAGUGAAUAUGCUUUUACAGAAUACGUCUCUUGUCAAAGAGAUCAGAUGGGCGCUGCAAAGUUUACAUAAUCGUCUUGGAAUGGAGGUUUCCUCGAUGCCUCUUUCGAAACUUCGAUUGUUUGUCGACCGACUGCAAAGGUAUUUGAUCCAACUAAGAAAGGUCAUAGAUGAACAUGAUGGAGAUUUACAACCAAAUUCUUUGGAUACCGUUCGCUUAGCGGUGACGCCUUCUAGAACAGAUCCAGUAGCUCAAGAGUUGCAAGAGGCCCCGAUACAUUCGGUAACCUCAACACUAUUAUCAUCUCCGGCAAAGGCUGCUGCACUUCCAGAGCCUUCAGCGACCCCAACUAAUAUAGCAAUAUCGUCAUCCGCGGCGGUUAAAGUUGAGCCUCCAAAACCUAAGAAGAAGAGAAAGCCACGUCGCAGAAAACCCAAAAUGCCUUAUCAACGAUACCACUUUCCUAUUCCGGUGGAAGAUUUUACUACUUUCAGCAGUCUUGCCGAGCGUACUGAGAAUGACGACGACUUGCUAGAGGAAUCGAUGGUGAUGUCACUAUUAGAUCCCAUUUCGGGCAGCAGGUUUGUCACACCUCUGAGAACAAGGUUCUGUUCCCAUAUUGAGUGCUUCGAUAUGUCAUCAUUCAUAGUCAUGCACAAACUACGCCCUUUCAAGGUAGGUAUUCGUAGAGAGCGUCCACUACCCAAUGGAAAGCCUAAUGUGGCUGCAAUCUUUCGAGAUACCAAGAGAACUCCCCUCAAUCCCAGUAUACACAAUCAGCGGACGCCUGAAUUUGAAUACAGAUCUCGCUACAAGAGUAACAAUGAUAACGGCAAGUACAACAACGAGUUGGAAUUUUUCUGUUGUCCUAUCUGCAGAUUAGAGUUCAGUAUCAAGGUUCCUGGUGAUGUCUAUGUAGUUGGAGACCUUGUAGAUCUCCUGUUUUACCUCGAGCAGGCCGGGAAAUCUGAAGCUGAAAGGGUCGAGAUUAAUAACGAUGGAUCGUGGGCUGCGAUCCUGGAUGAAGAGGAAGUAAAAGAGGAAGACACUAAAGUUGUGGAGAUAGAUUUAGAUGCGGAGCCCGAUGAGCAAGGUGAAGCCGUCGUUAAAAAAGCUGAUAAUUAUGGCGUGUCUGACAACUCUGAUACCGAGGUUGUUUCUUCCGAUUUUGAUGACUCUUGGGAUGAGGAAUUUCGAGAAUUGGAUAAGAUGCUGGAUUCUUCUGUAGAGCCGGAUAACAUAAGCAGUCCUGCAAUAAUGGAUCAAAACCGGCAUGUGCUUUCACAGUCAACGCAACCUUUCUCUUCACUGCCUCUUCCUCCUCCUCCUGUUUCGGCCCCUCCUUCGCUUUCCGCGGAUACAGGAGACAUCCGUGGACUUCUCAAUCAGAGAUCUAGAUUACAAUUGUUAGAGAGGCAGGGCUACAUUUCACCGCGCACUUUCUUUCCUUCAAGAAUCUCUCCUGCUGAAAGGUAUCGUGCAUAUAAAGAAGCAGAUUCGCGCUUUCAAGGUAACGGUGCCUUGAGACAUUACAAUUCAUAUGGACAGAGAACACAAUCUCAGGAUAGUAUCGAACCGGUGUUCUUUACAGGAAACGGUAUAGAAGAUGAUCCGUUUGUUAUAGAUUAA